CCUUUGGGUGGAUCGAUAGUCAGCUCGGCUCGGGCAGUUAGGCAGAGGAACUAGAAUUAUACUGAAUAUUGAGAAAAACAAAGUCUACGUUGAGUCAUCAUGGCAUCUCUGUUUAAAAAGAAGACGGUCGAUGAUGUCAUUAAAGAGCAGUCCAAAGAGCUGAGAGGCACCCAGAGACAAAUCACCAGAGACAGAGCUGCCCUGGAGAGACAGGAGAGGCAAAUGGAAAUGGAAAUCAAAAAAAUGGCCAAGACUGGAAACCGAGAAGCUUGCAAGAUACUAGCCAAACAGCUCGUACAGCUCCGAAAACAGAAGAACCGAACCUACGCCGUGAGCUCUAAAGUCACAUCCAUGUCCACGCAGACCAAGGUCAUGAACUCUCAGAUGAAGAUGGCUGGAGCCAUGUCUACCACAGCGAAGACUAUGCAGACUGUCAAUAAAAGAUUGGACCCCAAGAAGACACUAGAGACGAUGCAGGACUUCCAGAAAGAGAACUUAAAAAUAGGAAUGACGGAGGACAUGAUCAACGAUACGCUGGAUGAGAUUUUUGAUGAAUCGGGCGAUGAGGAAGAAUGCCAGGACAUCAUGAACCAGGUGCUGGAUGAGAUCGGCAUAGAGAUCUCAGGAAAGAUGGUAAGAGCCCCCUCAGCAGGAAAGAUCCUCCCUGGCGCCUCCCCAGUAAAGUCUAAAGCGGCCACUAUCUCAGACGCCGAGAUCGAGAGACAGCUGAAGGCUCUGGGAAUGGACUAA